CUUUCCCCAUCGACGACCCCGACUGCCAUGUCGGCAGCACCUGCACACCCGCAGGUGCAGGUCCACGAGCGCCAGGACAUCCACAAGUCAUGCAAGACCCUUGAAACGCUUGUCAAUGCUCUCAACGACUACUGCGAGGUCUCGGGUGCAAUGGUAACCCUUCAGAAGAAGCUGGCCAAGGCACUCAAGGAGGCGGCAGGGAUGAAGACGAUUAAUGAACCUGCUUCUAACGCUCUCGGAGCGUGUGCGAGCAUCUUCGAGGCUGUCGCGGAGAUAGAUACCAAGUUCUCCAAGUUCGCGGACAAGGAGUGUGAUUCUCUGAGCGAUGAGGUUAAGAAGUACUUCAAGAAGCUCUCGAAAGAGGAGAAGACUCAUGAUGAACGCAUGGCCAACUCCAAUGCACGAAUAAAAUCAGCAGGUCAAUCGUACGAGAAGAAGUCCAAGAAGAACGCACGUGAUGCUGCAGAGGAACACGCUCGGUAUAUCAACCUCAUCAGCACGCUGGGUCCAGAGAUGUCACAGGAGAAGUAUAAUCAUGCCAUCCACGUUACGAGACAACACGCCUCUGCUACCUAUGGUGUCGCCUCAUCUUUGGGUAGGAUCGCGGACGCCCAAUGGCUCCGUAACUGCGAAGGUCUUCGACGUUGCGCUCCAUGUGUCGGAUCCCUCGGUCAUUGGCGUUCUUACUGCGAAGCGUCAUGGGCUGGCCCUUUGCCCAACGAUUUACCUGAUGUUGAUUCACCACCUGGUCAAAUAUCUACAGAUAGGAACCAGGGUCUCGGCAUCAGAGAAUGGGGUCAAGGCGAGCAGAACAGGCUACCAGUUCCAUCAGUGACUUCGAAUAAGAGCGGUGCCUCGACGCCUGCAGAAAGCUCUGUGGGACACGGUAUGGAGCCGCCUCGCCCACCAUUCGCGUCCGAUGAUGGUCAUGGCUCCGUCAAUUCCAUCGCAUCUCUUUCGGCCUUUCCCUUCCCUCCAACCCACUUCCCUGUCCCUCUAGCAAACAAUCAAGCAGAGCUGCAACGUCGGCAAACUCAACUUAAGAAUCUGCAGAUCCCGCAACCGAAGAAACCAGGGCAAGCCGCGUAUAUCCUAUCCGAAUCCCCAAAGCCCAUCGAGUCGAUAUCUGAAUCCACGACGUUGAACAAUGGCUCCACAGCGUCUUCUGCGCGGGAGCUCCCCACAACACCAACUACUCGCUCCCAGAACGGGUCGUUCUCUCACGAGAAGGCAGGAAUGGACGGUCCUAAUAACGCUGAAGCUCCUACCUCCGAUCAGCCUGCUCCAGCCCAGGAAGAGCCUCCACGGAAGCUGGGUUCGCCGGUAUCCCCGUUCAAGCGCAAACAGAUGGUUGCGCAGAACGGUGACGAGCGUCAAGAAACGUCUCGGCCGUCGUCGUCGGCACGAGCGGAAUCUGACAUGAAGGCGAGAGACGAGGUCACGGCGGAAGAACGCGAGUUUGGUGUGCAGCGAAAGAGCACGGCGAAGGCUUUCACCGUUGCUGCCGACGCUGGUAGGAAGAACCUAGAGAGGACGGAGUCUACGACGAGUAAUGGCAGCCUUGUCGCCGCGAUGAAGAACCGUUAUAGUCGUUCGAUGGAGCCGGCGUCUGCAGCUCCCAAGGAUAUCCCGCGACUCAACCAGAGCGUGGCAAAUAUGGCCACUCGAUACCAGCCGGCGGACGAACCGACGUCGCCUCGGAAGGGUCGUCCCUUCCCCAUGGCCGAGCAACAGACUCCAACGAGUACGGGCGAGACUUCGGUGCGCUCAUGGACACGCGACCGAGACGCCGUAGAGGAGGAGCUACAACGACGCAAGCAGCAGCUCGCGCAGCUCGAGCUGCAGGAGAAAGAGUUCGAGCUCCGCCAGCGCGAGCGCGAGCUCGAACAACGAACGCGUGCGCUCGAGCAAGACCGACAGCAAUUUUUUCUCGACGGGCGGGAUGAGGGCAUAGGCGCGGACACACCAAGGGCCAACCAAUCGAACAACCCACGUUCCGUGGGUCCCUAUAGACACAGGCGCAACUCGCAGAGCACGUCCGUGCUGGUCAACAGCGGGAACAACAGCAACAAGUUCCCCGUCAUGGGUUCCGGCUCGCACUCCGCAUCGUCCUCCCAGCUCGCGCCUCCACCAAGCGACCAGGCAUCGAUGCAAUCGCACUCCCCCACGCGCUCCUCGCAGCCCCCCACACCAUCCCUCUCACCACUCGGCGGCCCCGUGAAAGACCACGCGCCGUUCUGCGGAUGCGACCUGUGCAGCGCGUCCAAGUACCAGGCUGCGAACCCGGCGCCGUCGCCGCACGACCUGCGCCCGCCGGAGCCGCCGAUCCAGCUCCGGCCCGAGAAGCCGAAGGGGUGGAUACGGCGGCUGAGCAUGCCGAGCGUGGCGGGCGCGCUGUCGAUGGACUCGAAGAAGAACGUGAGCGUGUCGAGUUUGCUGCCGAUGGAGAACGGGCGGCUGCGCAAGCGGAGCUUUGAUCAGGGGAUCAGUAAUCGCACGGUUGGGCAGAUUAAUUCGGGGCGGUGAUUCCGUGCGUGUGUGCGUGCGGUGGUGGCGACGACGCGUGAUGAUGGUUAACGACAUGGACACUCAUCUCUUUCUGACGCGGUGCGAAAGUGUUCGUGCUUUCGCCAGCGCCUGUUAAUCGGGCGCUUGUUCUUGGCUAUCUAUAAUGUUGUCUGUUGUUUCUCUUAGUGUAGUCUCUUUACCCCCUUCGGUUUGUCGUUUGCUUCUGCAGGUAUACCUCGCCCAUGCUAUUUUCUAUGGUUACCGGAUCGACGAUUUGACCUACAUCUUACGCCUUGAUACGACGUGCUUACGAUGUUCCUACCCGCGACGCCUUUUACGACCUAUUCCUAGUACACAAUACCCGAAUGUAAUCCUGAACAGUUCUAUAUCAAAAACAAGAAAAUACAAGAAAAAUACAACAAGUUACGAAGACAGCGAAAGCAUAAGUAGGUGGAUACAGAGAUUGAUCCUAGCUGGUCUAUUACAUCGUGCCUCAGCCUCAUCAUAGAACGUUUACACUUCAUUAGAGAUCGGUGAUGCCCAAGCAAAGGUGCCCGACACUGGAGUUGCAGCAGUUGCAGCGUUGAAUGUUGAGGAUUUACUUCUUUUUCUUGUUACGCUUCUUCUUGCCUCCUCCCUUCUUGGGCCCCUCGUCCUCGUCGUCCUCGUCUCUCUUCUCUGGCUUGGCCUCCUCGGCAGGCUGUUCAGGCUCCAGGGCUGGCUCUUCUGGCGCAGCUUCUGCCUCAGCUGCAGGAGGCUCAGCGGUCUCGCCCUCGCCGGCGCCCUCUCCAGCGACCUCGCCAGCACCCUCACCAGUGCCUUCGCCAGUACCCUCGCCAGCACCCUCGCCAGCAUACUUGCCAGCACCCUCGCCAGCACCUUCUGCUGCUUCGGGCCCACCCUCAGGAAGUACUGCCCCUUCGCCUCCACCCAUGUUUUCCAUCUCCCAGCCAUCCCUCUCCUGCGUUUCCCAGAUAUCGUUCUCGCCAGCGCCCUCUGCUGCUUCGGGCUCACCCUCAAGAGGAGCGGCCGCCCCCUCGCCUCCACCCAUGUUUCCCAUCUCCCAGCCGCCCCCCUCCUGCGUCUUCCAGUCAUCGUUCUCCUGCGUCUGGGCGCCCUCGUUCUCCUCCUGCGCCUCGCCAGCAUCGCCGCCGCCCGAGAAAUCGAACCCAUUGUUGUUCGCGUCUCCGGGCGAAGUCGACGGCGGCUUCUCCUCGCCGUUACCGCCAUUGAACAGAUUGCUCGCGCUCCCAAACGCGUUCGAGAUCGAGCCCCAACGGCUGUUCUUCUUCUUCUCCGCCUCCGCGGCCUGCGUCUGGGCUUGGGCCGCCUCUUUCUCCUUGGCCUUCGCGCUGCCAAAGCUGAAGCCCGAGCCGAAGGGCGAGAACCCGCCAAAGGUCGACGCGGGCACGGUGUCCGCGUCGAUGCCCCAGCCCGCCUUGUUCGUGUCGGCACCUGCACCAGGGGCGUCUGCGUCUGCGAACGUUGGAUCGGGCGGGAGGUUGGCCGUCGUGUUGAAGUCGAAGCCGCCCGGAAUAUCCCUCGGCUCGUCUGUGUGUUCUUGCUCCUCAGUCGCACCACCGAGGUCCGCCAGCGCGUCUUCUUCAGUGGCGUGUGCGUCCUCCCCGCCCCAGGCAUCCUGCUCGCCGCCCUCCAGCCACGCAUCGGGGUCCGAGAGCGGCGCACGCUCUUCGUCGAGCUGCUCCUCGUCGUGGUGCUCCUCGUGGCUCUCGUGCACCGUCUCGAGCUCGCGGUUCUCCUGCGGCGGCGUGGGCGCAUGCGCCGAUAUCGGGUCCGCAAACCUGACCUCCGCGGGCCCCCUCGAGCUUUCCCUCGAGCCGUUCGAGUUCCUGCGCGACAUCGCCGGUGCGGGUACGGGCGAGGGCGUGCCCCGCGCUCCCCAGACGGAGCCGAGGUCGUUCGCGAGCGUGCUGGAGCUCCUGCCGAUGGCCGUGUCCGCGAGAUCGAUGGGCGUCUCGAGCGCCUCCUGCGCCUCGCGCGCUUCCUGCUCUUCUCUCUCCUUGGCGGCGGCUCUCUCGGCUUCCUCUCUUUCGCGGGCCUCGCGCUCUUCGGCCUCCUUGGCCUCCUUCUCCUUCGCCGCUUUGCUCCCUUUCUUGUCCUUCUUUCCCUUUUUCUUGUCCUCCUUCUCUUUCUUCUUGGCUUCUUUCUCGUUCUCCUUUGCCUCUUUCUCGCGCUGCUUGGCCUCUGCCAGCUCUCGGGCCUCUUGUUCCGCCUCAGCCUCUUGUUCCGCCUCCGCCGCCGCUGCAGCAGCCUCGUCCGCCUCGGCUUCUGCACGAGCAGCCGCUUCUGCUUCUGCCUGAGUUUCUGCCUCCGCUGCAGCCACCGCGUCCAUCUCCGCCUGAACCCGCGCCCGCGCCGACACCUGUUCCUCCGCCUCUGCGAUAGCCUCUGCCUCUGCGAUAGCCUCUGCCUCCGCCUCUGCAGCAGCCCGCUGACGCUCCCGCACCUCCAUCCGCUCCCGCUCCCGCGCUUCCCGCUCCCGCUCCUGCCGGCGCUCACGAUCCCUCUCUUUCUCGCGCCGUCGAUCCUCCGUCGACGGUCGGGGCUCGAUCGGCGGCGUCGGCUCUGGCAUUGGCGUUGGCGUUGGUACUGGCAUCGGCGCCGCCGCCGCCGCCGCCGGCGCACCGCCAGAGGAUCUCCUUGGUGCGGGCGGAGGCGGCUGUGGCUGAGGCUGCGCGUGCGCUCGCGAGGAGCUGGUGCGUGGGCGCUCGUACGCUUGGCCGCUGCUGCUGGGCGGGGGCAUGCCGCGGUCGCGGUCGCCCGUUCCACGCGCUCGGUCGCGUUCCCGUUCACGCUCCCGAUCACGCUCACGAUCACGGUCUCGUUCCUUAUCACGGUCCCGUUCCCGAUCACGAUCGCGCUCAGAAUGCUGCCUUCCGCGCCUAUCCGCCGCGUAGUCGGCCGGCGGCGGCGGCACACCCGCCCCGGGCGCCGCAUAGAACUGGCUCGCCGAGCCCUGCCCCUGCCCCUGCCCCUUGCCCGGGCCGACGUGACCGCCUCCCUGGGCUACAUGACCGCCUCCCUGAGCAGCAGAAGCCGCACUGCGCGACGAGUGCGUCGGUGUAAUGGGCCCCGUGGCGCGCGCGACGACCUCGCGCGGGACUACCUGUCUUUCGCUUGAGCUCUGUGCCUGUGUCUGUGUUUGCGUCUGUGCCUGUGUCUGUGUUUGCGUCUGCGUCUGGACCUGCACAGACGACGUGCGCCGCGCGGAGCGCUGAGGUGCGUCCGGCGGGUCCUGGUACAGCGACUCGAGGGAGGAGCCGCGUCCGCCUGCGCCCCUGUCGCGGGCGGACGAGGACGGGGCGCGGGACGCUAUUGGCGGUGCUGGUGCUGUUGCUGUUGCUGUUGCUUGGGGAGGAGGCGGGGCCACAGAGGGCGCGCGGGACGGCGGUGCCGAGGGCGCUCGCGAGGGAGGGCCUGCUGCGUGCGCGGUCGUGUCGUCUUCCGAGUAUGUGUCGGACUCGUCGUCGUCUGCGCGGUGGCCCAUUUCGCUGUACACGAUCGAGGCUGGGCCGCUGUGGGGGCACAGUCAGAUGUCAUUGUCGUCGUCGUCGGUGUUGUAUUGUGAGGAGGCGGAAAACGCGGAAACUCACUAUCUCGUACGGCCCUAGCACGAUCCGUUAGUCUUCUUCAAUUAUAA